CCGAACAAUACAAGGAGUUCAAUGCAUUGCUGGUUCGAUUAAGCUUUACGGCUUGCAUGGUCGGGCUCGGCGCCAAUGGCCUGACGUCUUCCUUACAACCCCAGACUGACUCCUCUGCCAGCUCUUGGCUGAUGAUGCGUCUCCUCAGCCCCAAGCCUUCUGCAGGUUUUCCUUAUCCCUGCCUUUUCGUUGCUUCCUGAUACAUGUAUGCCACUUACAUUCUUGACAUGUUCUCCUAGCGUCCAUUAACCCAGCAUCGCUACCGUGUAUCCCACCAUGCCUGGACUUCGCGACCUGCUGCGGAAGAAAGAGAAGAUCGAAGUGGAGCAGAGCAAGGCCGCAGCCUCGUCGUCGCAAACGAGCACCACCCCCGAUGCCCGCGAAUUUAAAUUCAUCCGAAGCACCACCGAUGCGGAGGAGUUGAUUGAGAUUCCCAGCUAUUCUGACCACGACGACCCUCCACAAGAUGCGGGUGCAGGCAAGAGCAAGAGAACGAGGGACAACAAGAACCGCUUCUCCUUUCGAAAGUCCAGAAAUGAAGACACCACCAAGGAGGUCGCGGCGAUAGACGAGCCGGAGUCUACGCUGCCCACCACUCCUCCCAAGUCAGAGAAGAGGCUCUCCCAUCGUUUCCGCCGGCAUUCUCGCAGCCCGUCGGCAGAGUCGAGCUCCAAUCUCCCCACCGACCUUCCCGAUGCGCCGGCGGCCAUAGAACCCACAAGACCAGGAAGUUCCCAGGCAGGCGACGCCCAAGAUGAAAAAGCCAACAACGAGCAGCGCGAAGCACAAUGGGAAAAGCGCGCGACAAUUCUCGCACGAUCCAACCCCCUCAUUGGCGCCUCCCCCACACACCGCCAACCCUCGCCCGCCAGAAGCCACAGCCCCAGCAUCACAUCCCAGCACACCGACGAAACCAUCCAAGAAGCCAUCCGCCUGCACGAAACCGGCGAGCUCGCCGCCUCCACAGCCAUGUUCUCCCGCCUCGCAGACCCAGCCACAACCAACAACGCCCUAGCCCAAGUGCUCUACGGCCUCGCCCUGCGCCACGGCUGGGGCACCGAGCCCAACCCCGCAAAAGCAAUCCACUACCUCUCCCUCGCCGCUUCCAACUCUGCUUCCGUCGAGUCCGCCGCGCUGGAGCAGAGUGGGAUGAAGAAGGGCGGCGCCGCGAAAGGCGAGCUGGUGCUGGCUAUAUAUGAGUUGGCGAAUUGCUUCCGUUACGGAUGGGGAGUCAAGGUGGAUGCCGUUGCCGCGAGGAAUUACUACGAGACGGCGGCGAAUUUGGGGGAUACGGAUGCGAUGGAGGAGGUGGCUUGGUGUUAUUUGGAGGGCUUUGGGGGCGGGAAGGAUAAGUUCACGGCAGCAAAGUACCUUCGAAUCGCCGAGGAAAAGGGACACAAGACUGUGGGCAACUCAUGGAUCUGGAAAGACAAAUACGCCAAUCCCAAGCCGAAGUGAACACAAACAGAGGCGAACCUAGAAAAUGACCUCCCAUUCCACUUAAACGACUGCGCCACUCCACGACCAGCUUAGACGAAGACCACUCGCCUGGCAUCCAACAUUGGGGAAAGCGAGCACCACUAGAAGCCACAACUCAUAUUUGUGGACCAUCAGCGAUGGUACGUUGGAAACGACUCAUUGCCCGCUUGGAAAGCCGCCGGCAUGUCCUGGAGACUUCCGAAUUUCGUCGAAUAGAUUACCGGACUGGACAAGCCCGAUAGAUCUCCAUUGAAAGCAGACAAUGGCCCGACGAGCUCAUGAGGAGAAAUCGACAAGCAGGAAGGAACUAGAUUAGAUCGUUAUUGACAAAAGUUCGUGAUAUGCCAGU